CGCAGUAAAGCCACAGCGUUCCAAGCAGCUAACUGGGAAACCAUCAAGCUAACUGUUGGACCUACUUGUCGCAUGUGUCCGUUUUACGUUGUGUUUAAAGUUCGGACGUUUUUAUAAGCGAUAUUAGACUAUGACAGCGAGUCUGUUGCUGGUAGUAUUGUAAUAUGUAAGCAGUCGCAAGUGAGAUAACAGAACGAUAUUUUGCUAGCAAACAUGCUAUCGCUAGGUCUCUUGGUAUAGACAGCUAAUGUCCGUGACCCAAUUAACGUUAGCUAGAUUGCUAACGUUAGCAUAACUUUGUUUACGUACAGGUAUCGUUUGGUAGGCGAACAAUAAUACGUUAGUUGGCUACAAGUUCACAGCUAGCUAGUAGCUUCAGGUGACUGGCCGACCGAUAUAGUUUAGCUAGCUGUACCUAUGUUCAGAGAUACUGAACCACUAUCCACAAUGUGAUCACAUUUAUGGAAAAUUACUGUAUUUGUAAAGGAAUGAUACCUAUAGAUAUGGACCGAUAGCUAACGUUAGCUCGUCAAAUUUUCAGGCUAUCUAAGAUGUCGACAAGUCUUUAAAGCUGAACAAACAAGAUUUUCACAAGAAUGGAUAAACCGCCUUUCAGACAGAACCAGAACCAGGUAUGCGGGGCGUGGGUUAUGAAGGAGCGGCUGGGCACAGGCGGCUUCGGUCACGUCUAUCUCUACCAUCAUGUGGAGAGCAAUGACAAAAUCGCAGUGAAACUGUGCCGCUUGGAGCUCAACGCCAAAAACAAAGACCGAUGGAGUCGGGAGAUCCAGAUCAUGAAGAAGUUGAACCAUCUAAAUGUGGUGACGGCCAAGGAGGUGCCGGAGGAGAUGCAGCACAUCGCCCUGAAUGACCUGCCCUUGCUGUCCAUGGAGUACUGCUCCAAAGGGGACCUGCGAAAGCUGUUGAGCAAGCCAGAGAACUGCUGUGGGCUAAAGGAGAGCGAGGUGCUGUCCUUACUCAACGAUGUUGGCGCCGGUAUCCAGUAUCUGCAUGAGAAUAAGAUCAUCCACAGAGACCUGAAGCCAGAGAACAUUGUGCUGCAGGACCUGGAUGGGAAGCUGGUCCAUAAGAUCAUAGACCUGGGCUAUGCCAAAGACCUGGAUCAGGGCAGCCUCUGCACCUCUUUUGUUGGCACCCUGCAGUACCUGGCGCCGGAGCUGUUUGAGAAUAAGCCGUACACUGUGACUGUGGACUACUGGAGCUUCGGCACCAUGAUCUUCGAAUGCAGUUGUGGCUUCCGGCCCUUUCUGCACAACUUGCAGCCAGUGCAGUGGACAACCAAAGUGCGCAACAAAGGCCAAAAGGACAUCAUGGCAGUGGAGGACAUGAAUGGAGAAGUCAGGUUCUCAACACACCUACCCUACCCCAACAACCUCAGCAGGACACUUCUGGAGCCUCUGGAGACCCUGCUGCAGUUGAUGCUGCGCUGGGACCCGGUGCAGAGGGGAGGGGGUCUGAGUCCUGAGAGCAGACAGCCCCAGUGUUUCAGCAUGCUGGAGCAGAUCCUCAACAUGAAGGUGGUGCACAUCCUGAACAUGACGUCCACUCAGGUGCACUCCUUCCUGCUGGCGCCUGACGAGGGGCUGCACUCCCUGCAGCAGCGCCUUGAGGCCGAGACUGGCAUCCAGCAUCUCCACCAGGAGCUGCUGCAGGAGACCGGCGUCUCCCUCGACCCACGCAAGCCCGCCGCACAGUGUGUCCUCGACGGCGUGAGGGGCUGGGACAGCUACAUCGUCUACCUGUUCGACAGGAGCCUGACCAAGUACACCGGUCCCUUCACUGCCAGACCACUGCCCGACAGCGUCAAUUUCAUCGUGAGGGAGACCAAGAUGCAGCUGGCUCUCAGUGCGCUGAAGAAGGUGUGGGGGGAGGCGGUGAGCUACAUCUGCGGCCUGAGGGAGGACUACAGCCGCCUCUUCCAGGGCCAGAGGGCCGCCAUGCUGAGUCUGCUGCGCUACAACACCAACCUGACGCGCUACAAGACGAUCAUGUUCUCAGUGUCCCAGCAGCUCAAGGCCAAGCUGGACUUCUUCCGGAGCAGCAUCCAGUUCGACCUGGAGAAGUACCGCGACCAGAUGCAGUAUGGGAUAUCCUCUGAGAAGAUGCUGAGGGCCUGGCAGGAUAACGAGGAGAGGGCUGCUGCCUUUGCACAGGUGGCUGAGGUGGGUCAUCUGGAUGAGGAGAUCAUGGCUCUGCACUCCGAGAUCGUUGAGCUGCAGCGAAGCCCGUACGCCCGUCGCCAAGGUGACAUCAUGGAACAACUAGCAGAGAAGGCCAUUGAGCUCUACAAGCAGCUGAAAGCCAAGUGCAAAAUGCCUGACCCUCAGCAUGGCUACAGUGACAGCUCUGAGAUGGUGAAAGUCAUUGUGCAGACGGUCCAAAACCAGGAUAAAGUUCUCAGAGAUCUCUACUCUCACCUCAGUAAGAUCCUCCUGAGCAAGCAGAAGAUCAUAGGCCUGUUUCCUAAGAUUGAGCGCACGCUGGAGAGCAUCAAGGAGGCUGACGGCACCGUCAUGCAGAUGCAGAUGAAGAGGCAGAGAGAGUUCUGGCACCUGCUCAAGAUUGCCUGCGCCCAGAACACCAGCCGUAACUCUCUGACAGGCGGGGGGGAGGCGAGUGGCUCGUUGAACUGGAGUUCCCCCCCUACCAACAUCCAGCAGCAGCAGCAGACGCCCCCAUCUGGCCCCCCUCCAGCUCCCCACGCCUGCUACGCUCCCUGCCUGGCCCCCAGGAAGGUGAGUCUGUUCAGCGUCUGCUGGAGGAGAACCAGAGGUACCUAAGCCAGCUGACCAGCCUGCUACAGGAGACCACAGAUGACAAGACCGAGAGCAUCAUGGAGCAGGACUGGAGCUGGACCCGAUACCAGUCCCUGAUCUAAGCCUCUGCACGUCUCACUCCCUGAAACACAGCAGAAGACGGACUCCUGGUUCUGACCCCAACCCAGCAGGGCCGUUUCAUACUCCUUCGUCCUGUUUCUCCUCUCACUGUUCGCAUUUAGCAUUUGGGCCUGUUAGACGGUUGGAGAUCAUGUUAUUAUGUGAUCAUGUGCGUAUGCAGUUUGGGCUGAUUAGAAUGGAGUCCAUGGAUCAUAGGCGUCUUUUAACGCAGCUUCUGAAACACAUAUACAUAUAUACAUACAUAUAUAAAUAUGCACCUAUUUAUUAUGAAUUAUGUUCCUUUGAUUUGUGUUUUAAUUUGUUCAGGUGCUGUCAGGUAUGUGUUAGUAGGGGGAGGAGUGAAUUCUGG